GAUUAACUGACCAAUUCUAAUUGGAAUUGAUUGUUUUUCGUUUCUGAUCAAGACAUUUUCAUACUUGGGGAUCAUCUUUCUCUCUCUGUGAAUCUCUUGUUUACUUUUUCUGUCUUUGUUUUGAUUUUCGUUUUCUUCUUAUUGGUAAUUAAUUAAUUGGUUGAUUGGUGUUUUUAAGAAUUGUUUUUACUUACAAUUUACUAAUUGUCUUGUGUAUUGAAAGGAUUGACUGACCAUAGAGAGAUAAGUUGAUUUGAUGACAAAGAAAAACCAUUUUACCAGAAAACCGGAGCCAAUUUUCUCAGUUAAUUUUCUGUUAUAGUGAUUGAAACAAUUCAAGGUUACCAAUUAUCUCUAAAUCAUCAUGAAGACCUUCUAGUAAUUGGAAAAUCAUCUCUAACCAUUUUCUUCGCCAUCAUCUUCUCAUUUUCAAGUUUCUUCCUUUUCUCUCUUGUAUGUCUUGAUAAUCAUUGGAUUGCAAUUUUGUCACCAUCAUCAUCAUAAUUGACGCCAUCACAAAGUGAAAACAAUAAACAUCCAUUGGACACAGUGAUUAAUCUGGAAGAAAUCAGAGUGACCAAGCAAAGAUCAGUGACCACAAUAUAAACAAAUCUACUGACACUCACACACCCUUUUCAUCAACAGUAAACACCAAUUGAUUGAAACCUUUUUUAUUUUCCUGUUGUGAUCAUAAUUUUCUCAAGCUCAUCAUCACCAUCAUCAUUAUCUUCAUCAAUUGAUUGUUGAUAAAGAACAACAGAAAGUUAACCAAGCUUGAAGAGGUAUUGAAAUCAAAGAAAAGCUUUAUCAUCGUUACUAUUGGCAAAGAAAGAUCUGGUUUCUAUUGGUGAUGGAUUGUAAAUUGGUUCAUUGUAACAAUCAACAACGACCCAUCAUACGUGGUUCACUUGCCAGAAGUGUUUAUGAGAGAAUGCUCCGUGAGGAACAAUUGAGAAAUUUUGACACUUCCAAAUGGUAUAAAAUUGAUAAUAAUCAAGUUAACGAUUCCAUAAGUUCCAAGUUUAUUGAAUUAAACUAUGAUUCGGAAACCGAUACAUUUAUUAAAACGUGCUACCAAAAAUCGGACUGGUUAUUUACCCAUAUCUUCAAUGCUUUAGCUCAAACAGUAUUGGGUCUCUUUAUGACAUCUACAUCAAUCAAUGGUCUUCUCAAACGUGGUUCAAUGUUUGUCUUCUCAAAUUCACAAUUUAACCUGUUCUACGAUGAAAUUGGUACAAUUAAAUCAGAUUCGGAUUCUUCCCUAUUGGAUAUUGGUUCAGGUGAUGGUCGAGUUACCUCAGUAAUGUCCAAAUAUUUUAAUAAAACCUAUUGUACGGAAGUGAGUCCAGUCAUGAAAAGGUUACUGGUCAAGCGAGACUAUGAAAUACUUGAUGCUGAUAAAUGGUAUGAGAAUGACCUUUCCUUUAACCUGAUCAGCUGUUUAAAUGUACUGGAUAGAUGUGAUCGUCCAUUAACCAUGAUUAAAAAGAUGAGGCAAAAAAUCAAACCCAAUGGAAGGAUUUUAUUAGCUCUGGUAUUACCAUUGAAUCAAUAUGUUGAAUCUUCAGCCAAUGGCCAUAAACCAAGUGAAUCAAUUACUUUAACAGGUAAUAGUCUUGAACAACAUGCUCAAUCAUUUAUUCAAGAUUAUAUUGAACCAAAUGAUUUAGAGUUAAUUGCUUGGACAAAAGUACCUUACCUGUGUGAAGGAGAUCUAGAAUUGUCAUAUUAUUGGUUAAAUGAUGUUCUUUUCCUACUCAAACCUAAAUCAAGCUAAUUAAGUUAAUCCAUUUUUCUCAUGGAUUGUUUAACACACACAACAACAAUUAAAGCCAAAUCUUCACAAUUAAAGCAGCUAAAAUCCAUCACAACAACAACAACAACAACAAUUUACAUUCUUAAUCACCUUUAAUCACUAUCACCAAAUUCACGAACGGAUAAAGAUAUCAUUUUUUACCAAUAAUCAAUUUUGUCAAUUCUCAAUCGUCUCUCAAUAUAAUUGCAUCUCACUGAUCCAUAAUAACCGCUAAAUUGUAAAACAGUUUUCAAAACCACAAUUAACUCUGAUUCUCAUGUGAUUUAAUGUUAACCAUUACAAGAUUAACUAAGAUAGUUCUUAAUUGUUUAAACCGAAAGUAUUUAAAACUGUUAAAGUUUAUACACAAUUAGACACAAUAUCAUUGCCAAAUUGUUGACUAUAGACAAUUUAAUUAACCAAUUAAUACAUAUAAUAUGACUGAAUAACACUAUGGACAAGUUUUUGUUUUAAUUACCGUUAAACAAUUAGGAAAACACAAUCAAGAGUUAAUUUGAUUUGAAUCUGUUGAUUUUUCAUUUUGCCUCCUCUCCAAUCAAACAUUACUUUCAAUCAACGAUCAUCAAUUAACCAACCCUUUAAUUGUCUCAUAUUGAACACAAUUAAGUUUUAUUAUCUUUCCUUAUUUAUCCAAAUCAACCUCUUUAAUUGUAAUGGUUAAUUAAUAUCCUUUCAAUUAUUAUCCAUCUGAUUUAAAUGUAAUUAUCCUUCUCACUUUCUUUGGUAA